AUGCAACAUUUAUAUUUAUCACCAAUUAAAUCUAAUAUAUCAAAGCGUUUUAUUAAUUUUGUAUUCUUUCGUUUGAAAAACACAUCAUCCGUUGUACCAAAAGUAACACAAGAAAUAAAAGAAGCCGCUAAAGAACAUGUACGAGAAUUACGUCGAGAAUUCGAUAAACCAAUUAAAUUUUCAACUAGUCGUGCUAAACAUUGGGAUACAGCUGAUUCAAUAGUUUUUAAUCGUCAUAUUGGAAAAUUUACACGACCAGUAUUAAUUGUUACUGUUUUAAUUAAUAUGUUCUAUUGGGGUUAUUAUCGAGAAGAAAAUGAUAUUGAUGACAUGCUUAGUAUGGAACCAUGGCAAGUAUUUCCUCGAUUAAACUUAGAAUAUCUUAAAACAGCUGAAAGACAAUAUCGUGAGGCUGGCCUUGAUACAAGUCAAAUAGAAGUCAAGAAGAAAAUGAUUCAAGACAUGUUUCAACCACAAGUAAACGAAGAAGUUCGUGUUAAAUAUAAAUAA